UCUUCAUCAGUCCACCGCCGUGCUUCGCUCGUGCUGCCCGCCGCCCUCACCUCCUCCCCGGCUUCCUUCCGUGGGAGCCCCGCUGGUCUGACUGAGUGUGUGGAGCUUCAGGUUGGAGAUGAGUCCCGGGUCCCGGAGCUGCUGGUGGGUCUGCUGGUUCCUGCUGAGCCCGGUUCUUCUCAGCCGGGCUCUGGAGCUGGAGGAGCUGUUUCAGUUCGGAGAAGAAGCCGGAGACCUCCAGCUGCCUCCCGGGUCGGACUCCACCGUAGAGCUGCCGCUGAACCGCUCCGUGCUCUUCUUCAGCGAGGAAUCCAGCAGAGUCCAUAUUAACACCAAUGGAUUCGUUGCUCUUGCCAAGCCUCCGGCUCAGCAGGAGUACCUGGGAAAGAUGCCCAGCGGUUUCAAAAUGAUCGCAGCACUGUUGGGAGACCUGGACAACAGCGACGGACACGGUAAAGUUUAUUACAGGCAGGACAGCAGCCCCGAUGUACUGAACCAAGCAGCCGGACACAUUAGACGGGCUUUUCCCAGCGAUGAGGGAGUGGAGCCCACCAACGCCCUCAUCGUCACCUGGGAGAGCAUGGCCGCCUGGGGCACAUCUGGACGGGGGGAUGGACUGGACGCUAAGAGAAACACCUUCCAGCUGGCUUUAGUCUCCAUGGAGUCGUCCUCCUACGCCAUCCUGUUGUACCCCAGAGACGGCCUGCAGUUCUUCUCCACAUCAGUAGAGGGAGAAAGUAAGCUGCUGGAGGCCGGCUUCAGUGAAGGCAUCGUGUCGGGUUGGUUCUGGAACACCCAACAGGGAACGUAUUUCCGCACGACCACCGACGACGAGAUCUCCAUCAGGGAACUUACCAAAAAGACAAACUCAGCACGGAAUGGAGUUUGGGUGUACGAAAUUGGUGCCACACCGAUCUUCAUCGGCAUUGCACCAGGGAUGGUCACUCGCUCUCCUGAGGACAACGAUGCUACCGUACCUCCUACCUCCUCCAUUACCUAUGAAACUUUCACAUCAAAGACCACUGAAGCAGCUCCAGAAGAAAAGGAGGAGUUUCCAACUGUGUUUCCCAGUGAGUACCAUCUCAGGUACCCAGAAGCUGAAAAUGUCACACCGCAACACAACAUAUCAGGUACUGAAGAGCCAGAAAAUGAAGAACCUGACCAAGAAUACACUGAAUCAGAGACUGUCGCACCAACAUCCACCAACACUGAAAGGGUUCAUUCAAGAUAUCCGGAUCCACCUGAGACAAGAUACCCUGACGAAACCAAGACCAGAUAUCCCAUCCCUGAAACCUCGCAACCAAGAUACACCAACCCUGAACCCAGUCAGCCUAGAUACUCUCCAUUUGCACCACGGUACCCUAACCCUGAUCCGGUUGAACCGCGAUACACCAACCCCAAGCCUGUUGAACCAGUGCCGCCGCAUUCCCGUCCCCAGCACCCCCAGAUUGUUGUAAUAGAUGAGGAUGAGGAUCUGAAUGUGAACGUAUUUGCGUACAAUUUGGAGACAUGUGCAAAUAACAGACAUAAAUGCUCUGCUUUUGCUGACUGCCGGGAUUACAGCCAAGGAUACUGCUGCCAUUGUAGGCCUGGUUUCUAUGGCAAUGGGAGGGACUGUGUUGCAGAAGGAAAACCCCAAAGGAUGAACGGAAAGGUGAAUGGUCGAGUGUUUGUAGGGAACUCUCCUUCAGCAGUGGAGUUCGGGAACAAUGAUUUGCACUCCUACGUGGUAGCUAAUGAUGGACGAGCCUAUGUGGCUAUCAGCAACAUCAACGGCACUGCAGGCCCCUCCCUGCAGCCGCUGUCCUCCCUGGGGGGAGUCAUCGGAUGGGCCUUUGCCCUGGAGCAACCUGGUUACCAGAACGGCUUCAGUCUUACUGGUGGCGUGUUUUCACGGCAGGCAGAGGUGAUCUUUCAGCCCGGCAACGAGCGUCUCAGCAUCAAGCAGCAUUUUAAAGGGAUCGAUGAACACGACCACCUGGUGGUGAGCACCGAGCUGGAGGGACGUCUGCCGGCCAUCCCGCUGGGAUACUCUGUCCAGAUCAACCCGUACAAGGAGAUCUACCAGUACGACAGAAACCUGAUCACUUCCUCCUCCAACCGAGACUACGUCAUCACUUCCCCAGACGGUGAUGUCCAGACCAGGAACUACCAGUGGCGUCAGACCAUCACCUUCCAGAGCUGCCCACACGGUGAGACCAGCAGACCAGCCCAGUCCACCCAGCAGCUCAGCGUGGACCAGAUAUUCGUGAUGUUUGACGCCGACAACAACCUGAUCCGCUACGCCAUGAGCAACAAGAUCGGCUCCGUCCACAGUGGUCCCCCAGAGCAGAAUCCUUGUUUUACUGGUCGACACGGCUGUGACAUCAACGCCGUGUGCAGACCUGGUGAAGACCUCCAGUUCAGCUGUGAAUGUGUGACUGGUUUUGCUGGAGACGGACACUACUGCCAUGAUGUUGAUGAGUGCCAGGGUGGUGUCCAGGUGUGUGGACAGAACGCUGUGUGCAGGAAUCAGCCUGGAAGCUUCAGCUGUGAAUGCUCUGCUGGCUUCGUGUUCGCCAGCGAUGGAAAGACCUGCAUCGCAGAGAACCGUCCGGUGGAUCACUGCCAGAGAGGAAGUCAUGACUGUGAUGUUCCUCAGAGAGCUCUCUGCAGCUACACCGGAGGCUCGGACUACGUCUGCUCCUGUCUGCCGGGGUUUACAGGUGACGGCCGGGCGUGUCGAGAUGUAGAUGAGUGCCAGCAGGAUCGAUGCCACCGUGAUGCCUCCUGCUCCAACACACAGGGCUCCUACAUCUGCAGGUGUUCUCCUGGUUUCCAUGGAGAUGGCUUCCAGUGCAGCCCCUCAGAGCCUGAGCAGACCCAGUGUGAGCGCCACCGGCAGAAUUCCCAGCCCGCUCCCUCCUCUGGCUCCGGCUUCUUCUCCUUCUUCCGUCCGCGGCCGGCCGUCGGUCAGUACGUCCCCCAGUGUGACGAACACGGAGCCUACAAACCCACUCAGUGCCACCAGAGCAUCGGGCAGUGCUGGUGUGUGGACGCCAACGGCCAGGAGAUCCCCAACACCCGCACCGGACCCGGCAGCACGCCUCUGUGUAUUGACCAGACAGUGACUCCUCUUCCCAUUGGUCCGACCCCACGGCCUGACGUCCAUCCCAUCGCUCCUGGAACACACCUGCUGUUUGCUCAGAGUGGGAAGAUCGAACACCUGCCGCUGGACGGAUACAGGAUGAAGAAGGAGGAGGCCAAACCUCUGCUGCACAUCCCAGACCGGGUGGUGAUUGGUGUAGCCUACGACUGCAUGGAGAAGAUGGUUUACUGGACAGACAUCACUGGACCGGCCAUCAGCAAGGCCCGUCUGAGUGGAGGAGACAUCAUCCCGGUCAUCACCAAAGAGCUGCAGAGUCCUGAAGGCAUCGCCAUCGACCACAUCUCCCGUCUCCUCUUCUGGACCGACUCCAUGCGAGACACCAUAGAAGUCUCCAAGUUAGAUGGCAGCCACCGCCGGGUCCUGUUUGACACCGACCUGGUCAACCCCCGACCCAUCGUCACCAACCCAGCAUACGGGCGGCUGUACUGGGCAGACUGGAACAGAGACGGGCCUAAGAUUGAGAUGUCCAACAUGGAUGGGACGGAGCGGACGGUCCUGGUCAAAGACGACCUGGGGCUUCCCAACGGUCUGACCUUCAACCCUGGAGACCAGCAGCUGUGCUGGGCCGAUGCAGGAACUCGGAAGGUGGAGUGCAUGGAUCCUCACCGCCGGCUGAGGAGGCAGAUAGCUGAGGGGAUCCAGUAUCCCUUUGCUCUGGUCUCCUUUGGAAGGACUCUGUACUACACUGACUGGAGGAGGGAGGCAGUAGUGGCCGUGGACCGUCAGUCUGAGAGGGAAACUGAAGAGUUCCUGCCUCAGAAACGCUCUCGGGUCUACGGCAUCACCACGACGCCGACACAGUGUCCUCAAGCCUAUAACUACUGCUCCAACAACGCCGGCUGUUCUCACCUGUGUCUGCCGCGACUCGGAGGCUUCACCUGUCGCUGUCCGGACGCUGCUGACGGUCGGUGUGAGGAGAGGAACCCCUGAGCUGCUGCUGGAGAUACGACACAGAACACAACUAACGGAUCUCUUUGUGUUUUCUACUUUUCUUACUUGAAGUGAACAUUUCUGCAGUCAUUCAGAGUCUCGCGUUUAAACCUCUCUGGAUAUAUGACGUCAUGAUUUCACUGCUGGAACCACUGAACUGAGAUCAGGUUUUAUCUGCUUCUAAUCUCCUUCUUUAGGAGUUCAGUCCAAAAUUAAAAAAGAAAAAAAAGACAAAUGACAGAUUUUCUCCAGACAGCAGGUGAGAUUUUUUUUUUAAAAAAGGUACUGAAUGGAAAAGUUCAGGUUUUGUUUAUAGCUUUUAUUUUUACUCGUCUUUUUUAACAUUUCGUACAGAUUUGUGUGAGAAACAAUCAGAUCUAUUGUCUGGAAAAUGUUUGACAUUUAGAGAAAUGCCUUAAAGGUUUGUGAGAAAGACUUUUUGUUGUUUAGUUCAGCAGGAUGUUCUGUUCAGGUUAAAAUGAAGAAUUUCAACCAGAUCAGAACUCCAUGUCACGUCUGUUUGACAGCUUUGAGUCGUUGAAUUCCACCAAACAAACGGUGCUGAAAGUGGUUCUACUUCAGACAGAUCUAUCUGACUCAGUUCUAUUUAAUAUAAAGGAUGAUGAACUACUAACCGCUGUGAUUACAGAUGAAACUGUCCCUGUUUCAUUGGUGAUGAUGUGACUGAAAAAGAUUCGCGAGGAACAGUCUCACUGAACUACAUGAUUAUUAGAUGAUCUGCUAUCAAUAAAUGUUUUCCAUGUUAUCAGUAUAAAUGUAUUCUCUAGUUUUAGCAUUCUCCUACAUGAUCAAAUUGUAACUCUAAGUGUUUUUUUUAACUGCUUGUUCUGCAUUUUGGAGAUGUUAAUAGAACCACUAGGCAGAUCUAAAGGCUUUUUAAAGACUUACGGGAUUUAUUAAGCGUUUUAUUCUAAAACCUGCAGUGUAUUUUUGAUAUGAACUUGUAAAUAAUUACCUGAUAUUCUCAGAUUGUUUUAAAUGGUGCUAAUGUUCUCCUGAGACUUACAUGAUGAUGAUGACUGCAGCUCCUGUAUGUUUUACAGAGAUGAUACGUCUCCAUCACUGAUUUAACUCAUCAAAAAUAAAAGUACAGACACAACUAUUCUAACAAAAACUGUCACGUUUUUGAAGACAUAUUUCUAAUCAUCAGAUAUUGAAGACUCUAACUGCUACUAUUAAAAUGAAGUGUGUUCAUUAAACAGAAUCAAAUGGUUUUGGUCAAAAAUCAACAAUCUCAACAAGGACCGUUUAGUUUCCAUUGGAAAUCAGAUGAAGUUCAAACUUAAAAUGCAGUUUUCUUUCCAAAUAUAGGACAAGCGUUCUCAUUGUAGAACACUGAACAUUUUAAAAAGCAAAAGAAAAAUUCUUUUUAAUGCCACACAUAAUCAUUUCAUGUUAAUAUUUCCAGAACUUCCAAAGCUCUGCCAUAAUAAUAAUACUUCAUCCUGCUGCACCAAAACAAACCACUCUGUUAUACAGUAAAGUCCAAACGUUCUGUUUCAGGGCUGGUUUUACAUUUAAAACUCAAAACCUCAACCGAUAUCAGAUAUUAAAGUCAAUAAUAAUCUGAAUUUUAUAAAUACAUUGAGACUAUUGGCUUGAAUAUGUUCUUUUUGUUGUUGUUUUUAUGUUUUACUUUUUAAAUAUAACCCCAAAUUCCAUGUUAGUCCAGAAUUAUUUAAAUUUGGUCAUUGAUCAGAAAUAUUGACCAAGAUAUAGGUUAGUGUUCUCCUCACACAACAGAAUUCAUCGUACCUUUGAUAAUUUUUUUAAAUGUAUUUUUUGGUCUCUUAACAACCUCGGUUUUAUUUCCCCCUAAACCUAAAGAUAACUUUAGUGAUCUGAGUCUCUGUUUAAUCAUAUUUAACAACAUGUUAGGAAACUAUUAAAGAACUUUCAACCCAAAACAUGGAAGAAAAAAAAACUGAAAUGAUUUUUAAAUGGCUGAUAAAUGGAGUUCUGGGACUCUAGAGCUGUUCAUUUGAAGUCAGAUAUUGUCCAAAUUAUGAUGCCAUAUUGUUCAGUUCAGUUUGUUGCCACAGUUACAGCAAAAUUGUGCACAGCAGCACAAAUCAGCAGGACGUUGUUGAAUGUCGUCAUAGGGAACUACAGGCUGGUUUUAUGUGCUGCAUGUCAGGUUACAGACCUGAUCCAGGAGCUCCAAGGAGCUACUUCAUGCUUUAACUGACCAUCAGCCAGAGAGGUAACACAAAAAGUCUGUACAGCCUCAAUAAAACUGUUUUUUUCCCCCA